GAACGCGAAUGAACCUUCCCGGCCGCCGUCGUGUCUCCCGAGCUUUCCUUGUCUUGUCAGUUUCUUGACUUUGCUUCCCACUCGUGCGCAGCAGCGAGCCCGGGUUUCUGCUGCUGUUCCCUCGCCUGUAUUUUGCUCAUCAUGUCGGAGUAUAAUGCGGUGCCGCCACCCGGAUCCGGGGCACCUCUCGGCCCACAAGCAGCGCUUGGGAACGGAGCAGGAGGCAUCAAAAAGGAUGCGUUUGCGGACGCGGUGCAGCGGGCCCGGCAGAUUGCAGCUAAGAUCGGGGGCGAUGCUGGACCUCCCCUGAACAACAACACUGCAUCAGAUGGCUUUCCUUUCACCGCACAGAAGCGACAGCUGGAGGACGCAGAUGAACCAGAGAGCAAGAAGCUGGCUGCACAGAGUGACUUGGAUUCAGCCAAAGCACUGUCUAUUGGUGCACAGCUAGCUGCUCUUGCACAGCAAAGGCCUGCCUCCACCACAGAGGAGUACAGUGUACCUGACAGCAUGGUGGGACUCAUUAUUGGCCGUGGAGGUGAACAGAUCAAUAAGAUUCAACAGGAGUCAGGUUGCAAGGUUCAGAUAGCUCCAGACAGCGGAGGGCUUCCAGAGAGGAGCGUCUCUCUCACAGGUUCCCUCGACUCCAUACAGAAAGCCAAAAUGCUGCUGGACGAGAUAGUGUCACGGGGGAGGGGAACACCCCCUUAUCACGAGUCGACCAACGGGCAGAACGGCACGGUGCAUGAGAUGAUGAUCCCAGCUGGCAAGGCUGGUCUUGUCAUUGGCAAGGGAGGAGAGACCAUCAAACAGCUGCAGGAGCGUGCAGGGGUGAAGAUGAUCCUGAUCCAGGAUGCCUCUCAGGGACCCAAUGUUGACAAGCCCCUGCGCAUUAUUGGAGAUCCCUACAAAGUGCAGCAAGCCCAGGAGAUGGUGCAGGAGAUUCUGAGAGAGAGAGAUCAUGGCAGCUUUAGUGAAAGGAAUGACUUUGGCUCCCGCAUGGGAGGAGGCAUGGAUAUCCCAGUACCACGACACUCAGUUGGUGUGGUCAUAGGGCGCAACGGAGAGAUGAUCAAGAAAAUUCAGAAUGAUGCCGGAGUUAGGAUACAGUUCAAACAAGAUGACGGAACUGGUCCAGAUAAGAUUGCCCAUAUCAGUGGUCCCCCUGACCGCUGCGAGCACGCUGCCCAGAUCAUAAAUGACCUGCUGCAAAGCAUCAGGGUCAGGGAAGAGGGACAAGGGGGUCCCCCAGGUCCUCCGGGCAUGCCUGCAGGCAACAGGGGCCGCGGUGGGGGACAAGGCAACUGGGGGCCCCCUGGAGGGGAAAUGACCUUCUCUAUUCCUGCCCUCAAGUGUGGGCUUGUGAUUGGCCGGGGAGGAGAGAACGUCAAGUCCAUCAACCAGCAGACGGGGGCCUUUGUGGAAAUCUCUCGAGAGCCACCCCCCAAUGGCGACCCUAACUUCAAGCUGUUCAUCAUUCGGGGCUCUCCACAGCAGAUCGACCACGCCAAGCAGCUCAUUGAAGAGAAGAUUGAGGGUCCUCUGUGUCCUGUGGGCCCGGGGCCAGGUGGACCAGGUCCUGCUGGUCUAGCGGGUCCCUACAACCCCAACCCAUACAACCCUGGACCGCCCGGAGCGCCUGGACCACCACAUGGUGGUCCGCCAGGCCCUCACCAGUACACUCCUCAGGGCUGGAGCAACACCUACCAGCAGUGGCAGCCACAGGCACCCCAUGACCCCAGCAAGGCAGCAGCGAAUGACCCCAAUGCAGCCUGGGCGGCCUACUACGCUCAGUACUACCAGCAACCAUCAGGGGCUGUGCCAGUCCAGUACCCCGCUAAUCCAGCUGGAGGUGCCCAAACGUCAGGGGACCAGACCCAGCUAGCACAGACGCCGGGGAGUCAGCCAGACUACACCAAGGCCUGGGAGGAAUACUACAAGAAGAUGGCCCAGGCUGGUGGCUCUGUCCCCGGGACAGCAGCUGCAGCCCCAGGAGCAGCAGGAGGAGCAGCAUCCGCAACGGGGGGACAGGCGGACUACAGUGCAGCCUGGGCGGAGUACUACAGGCAGCAGGCUGCGUACUAUGGACAGGCAGGACAGGUUCCCGGCCAGCCUGCAACUCCCCAGCAAGGACAGACGCAGUGAGAGCUCAAUGGCAGAAGAUCUCUGAUGCCAGAGAUGGUCAGGAAGACGGCGAUGAAGCCUAAACUUCAGGCCAGAGUCUAGCCUGCUAAAAUGUUUGUUGGUUUUUUUUUUUUAUUAUUAUUUAUUUCUUUUGAGGGGAAACAAAAUCCUUCCUUGCCACCAAACACCACUUGGAUAUUUUUUAAUAAAAAUGUGAACUGAACAAAUGUUCUAUUGCUUUUGCUGCUGAGGUGAGGGAGAAGACUGAUUAUGCCGUCUUGACAGGUACACAGCUUCUCAAAGCCUCUACAUAUAUUUAUAUAUGCUGUUAUGAACAUGAGAGCCUUGAACCGCUUACUUCAUUGUGGUGGAGAAUGAGUUGUCUGUUAAUUUAUCUCAUCUUCCUUUUAUUAACUUGUUAAAACUUCUAAUAUCAUUUUUAAAAGCACUUAGCUUCAUACACCUGUGUUAUAUUUACUGAAUUGCACAGAGAUAUUAGGACUGUAAACAUAUUGUCCAUUCAGGAGUUUUAUCAUUUGAGAGCAUUUGUUGCAAGAAACGCACUGACUAACUGUGGAUGGAAGGCCAACAUGGAAAUGAAAACAUGCCCUUCUGCUCAGCUCGGUAUGAACAGUGCUAGUUAUGUCAUGGAAAGGUCAGAAGUGAUUGUCAGACCUUUUAAAACUAACACAUACUGCUAGUGCCAUUCACCUUGGGACAACUGCAUAUAUCGUUCUCACUUUAAAGUAUGGUGACUUUCAUGUGGAGGUUCUGCCACCAUCUGUAGUUCAUACGGCUGCAGGCUCUUCUACAAUGAGUACAUUCAGACUCCACAUUUGAACCGUGCCAUGACUGUGUUUCUUCUCAUGGUUGCAUGCGACUGCUUUUUACUUUAUAUACGUUGGUUUAUAUGAAUGACGACAAGAACCUGUUGAUCUUCUGCCUUCUCACAGCCAUUGUUUGUAACAGAAUUAAAUUCAGUCUUCCAACAUGUCCCACUUAAAGAUAUAUUGUAUACUUACAUAUAUUCAGCAAUAUAAAGCUGUUGGUUUUGACUUACAGAGAUGUAUCAGGUAUGAAUCUUGUAUUCUGAAUGGCAGCUGUGAGCCUGCCUUUGGCAGCAGUGUUGAUAUUGUUAAAUAGAUGACCACCAGCAGCAAUACUCUGAAUUAAAAAUGAGCAAAUGUCAAUUACUUUA